AUAGAGAUGGAAUAGUUUGUUUACUUUCAAUACAAUUAUUUAAUUUUGUAAACCCUUCAGUUUAAAUUAUCUCGUUUCUAACUUAUGUUUAGAUUCUUAUAUGUAAUAAUUUAAAAAUAACAUGUAAUGAAAAUAUUAUUCUCUGCAUAAGCUAUAAUACAAACAUAACGUAUUUUACUUUUGGCAUAAACCGCAGCGAUAUUUGGGGUUGAUAAAAGGUUAGGAAAUUGAUAUUGUAUAAGUUAUUAAAAGAAGUUUUUUUUUCUUAAAUUAAAUAUGUGAAAUGAUUGACAAAACUUUUGUUUAAAUGAAAUUGGAUCAACAACUAGUACAGGAUCGGAUUAUAGUCUAUGAAUUGCCUGUUAAAUCCAGCGGAAAAUAGUUAAUACAUUCGUUUUAAACAUUUGCUUCUCAAGAUUUAAACUAUGUUUUCAACUGAUCAAAAAUUAAAUUUGUCGAAGUUCGAUGGCGAAAGAAAGAUGGAAGCCAAGGAAUAUUGUUAUUUAGAGCAGCAGGAUCAAGUGGAGCCAAGUAGUUCCCAAGAUAUGAAUAAAGCAGGUGUUAGAAAGUACGCAAGAGAUGUUGGAACACACUCUAAAGAUAUAAAGACAGACAGAAGAGAUAGUCAGGCAUUGAAAAGAGAGGUGGAUACUAUACGUCUAUCAUUGGAUGUUUUAAAAGAUACCUUGAUAAUGCAGCAAUAUGUUCUAGCACGCGAUUUUGAGGCCAGAAUUAGAAAUGUGUAUGAUGACGUCAUUAAUGAUCUAAACGGAAUCCGGAAGCGGGUUAAUGACAUUGGAGAUACGUUUGAAUCUGAAACAAAGUUUAAAACAUGGACACCGUUAAUGCCAAUAAGAAAAGAUGUCUUACCGAGCGCAAUGAGUUCUAAAUCUACAAGUAAAAACAAGCUUAAAGGAAGCAAGUCUGUUGAUUUUGUUGAUAAAAGAGGAACCGAUGAUGACUACAAUUCUUCAGAAAUUGAUUUCGACAAGUUUGAGUCAAAGAAGAUAUUUAGUCAGCGGCAAAGCUGGCUUGGGUCAAGCCAGGGAAGUAUUAACUCUACUGGUAGUUCUAGAAAACUGGUACCCGGAUUUGGAGGUUGUUUUGACGGAGAUGGAAAGACAAUACCGUAUCGCUCUUACAGAGCCAGACACAAUUCCAACAGAACAAAUCGUCACAGCUGGGGUCCAAGUAGGUCGGUGUCAAGGUCAACUUUAGAUGACGACGACUUUGAGGACAAGGGUUGUUUAUGUGGCGAUGUAGCGGAAGACUGGCGUGUGAAGGUCGCACCAUAUAUGUGGGAAGGCUGGGCUGUACCAGGGAUAAAUAAUGUAGACAUACAUAAACUUAGAGAACGCAUGGAACAUUUGGAGAAAAUGAGACAUGAAAUUGUUCACGUUCAUAACGAGUAUCGCCAUCAACAUGGCUGUCCUGAGUUAUCCGUUACCACGGAGCUUGCGAGAGAGGCCCAACAGUGGGCGGAUUUAUUGGCUAUGAGAGGGUUUGCUCAAUAUAAAGACUCUCAAGGGCGUGGUGAAAACAUACUAGUUGUGGAUAUUGAGGAUAACUUAUCUGGUCGACAGGUGGUUGAUACAUGGUACAGGGAGGGUCGAGGCUAUAACUACCAUCGCCCUGCUUGGAAAAAAGAAACGUCAAACUUUACCCAGAUGAUCUGGAAAUCUAGUAAGUUUGUCGGCGUCGGCAUAGCAAAGUUCCCGCUUGAUAAUACAUAUGUUAUCGUAGUUCAAUAUCAACCACAGGGGAACAUAAACACUCCCGCACAUUUCCGUCGAAACGUACCGUCUGCCACUGCAAAAAAGACACCUGUAUUUGAAAGCAAUGUGCCUUUACAAAAUGCCUCAAAUAAACCAAAAGGGAAGUCGGGUACGACGGUCCAGGAACCUAAACUAUCUCACCAGUUACCACCUGAUGACGUCUCUUCCGUGAAGCAAGAAAGCAGUCUCGACACGGUUGAAAUAAAGGAGCACUUAGUUAAGACAGAGGUUAAAUUAUAUAACGCUAUCGCUAUGAAUAAUUCGGACAUUGCUAACAACAUACAAACAAAAUCAACUGACGGAUUAGAUAAACUUGUUGCAGGAUUGGACAUAGUUAUUCAAAAUUUGACAAGAAGAAGACGAUCUGGCUGUAAUGAUUGUGUAACAGAAAAGAACGAUAAUGCAGAAAAUAAAGGUGAUGAAGGCAAUAACGCACUUGAAGAUAUCGAUACUGACGGAAUCGAAGAACAAAUUGAUGUUAACGAUGAUUGUAUCGUCGAGCAUGAUAUUGAAGAUAAUGAGGAUAUCUUAAAACGUGAUGAUAAAGGUAAUGAGGGUAUCUUAGAACAUGAUGAUGUCGAUGGUGAUGCGUGUAAUGAUGAGGACGACUUAAUAGCCUCUGUUAGCGCCUCUUUAGCAAGUUCUGUAUAUGACGGCAGUCUGGCAGAUGAAAAUAGCAUAAAGGUUGGAGCAAAACAACAAGACCGCGUAAUCCACAAGUAUGACCAGGAACAGAUUUCCGGAUGGACUUCUGGUAACAGUGUUAGCCGUCAAUCAUCUAGGGAGAGAAAGGUCACCUCAGUCUGACAAAAUAAUCCAAAUAUAUCAUUCUGAAACACGCGCCUGUUGUCUAUUUUUAUACAGUACCCCUUAAAAACCUACUGUAUUCUUUGAUGGACUGGUCUAACUUCAUUUUUCAAAAAUGUCAAUUUUUUAAUUAUUUUUUUUGGGAUACCAAGGUGUAAAAUUCUAAGGUAGUCACCUAUCAGUAUAGAACCUGCUGGUAUACUACAAGGAUGUGCAGGCUGGUCUUGUUCUUUAUUGAUGACAAGGACAAGUCACUUUGGGUUAUAGUAGGUUAAUGGUCAAAAGUUUUUUAUGUUAUUUUUUAUAUAUGAAUUUGAAUUUUAUAUAAAACACUUUGAAACGACAUUAAUAUGUCAUCUGAAUUCUUUAUCAUGCUUAAAUUAAUGCAUACUAU